GUUCCCUUGUUCUCGUCCCGCAGCAGUGCGCAGCAGCCUCUUAUCAAUCGCCAUGAUGCUCCGAGGCCUCGUCGCCGUGCUCCUGGUGGCCGCCGUGGCCGAGGCCGCCCUGACGCGCCGCGUGCGUCGGGACGACGACGACGACGAGAAGUACACCUCGCGCUUCGACAACGUGGACCUCGACGAGGUGCUCAACAGCGACCGCCUCCUCUCCAACUACUUCAGGUGCAUCAUGGACGAAGGCCCCUGCACGCCGGACGCCCGGGAACUCAAGCGCGUGAUCCCCGAGGCGCUGAGCGAGAAGUGCGCCAAGUGCUCGGAGAGGCACCGCGCCGGCGCCGAGAAGGUGCUCACCUUCCUCAUCAAGAACAAGAAGGAGCAGUGGACCCGCCUGGAGAAGAAGUACGACCCCACCGGCCAGUUCCGCAAGCUGUACGAGGAGGAGGCCAAGCAGCACGGCAUCAAGCUGUAAGCGGCUGACGACCACGACAGAGGAGGCGCCCUCGCAGUUGGCUUUCCAGUGUUGGCACCAAUUUGGCGCGAAAAACCGCUUCGAGUCGUCGAACGCCUUCCUUCCACCGCCCCACCCACACGUUCACCAUCGCGCAUCCCAUCCCGGUUCGAGGCACAACGUUUUGUUUGGCAUUCCCCCUGGCGGGAAACGUGAUCGACGGGCCAUUCAAUUAAGCAGUGUGCGCAAAAAGCCGAAAAAAAAGUCCAUUUGUCACGUCGGGCUGUGAGUUUUUUGGGAAAAGACUGAGGCAAGUCGAAGAGGAUUUAUGAUUGUUGACCACUUUGCACUCACCCCAUUUUAGGAUCCAUGGUUACCAUUACGCACCAAAAUUGUUGGUGGUACAGAACUGAUUGAAACUUGUAUACUAGAAGCAAUUGUGAUAGUAAAAAUAAACUCCGCUUCCAAACCA